UUAUCAAGUGCCAUGACAAACAACGAGCCCUUCAGCCUCGCCUAUUUCCACCUUUGCACUAACAACAGAGGGGUUUUACUGCACUCAUCUAAAUGAAAACAUCGCUGAUGAUCACAUUAGUACAUGGGAAUAAAGAGCCAUGCCAGUAGUCAAAUCAAGAUCUCCAGCUAGUUCAGUUUGUUAAAGAUUCUCAAGAACCCUCAUCCCAACACAAGCUGAGGACUGAAUAUUGUCUUAAAUGCCAGCAGGAAGACCAAGAAGAAGGAGGGAGGUGCCAAGCGUGCCCAGCGGGCCUCCUCCAACGUGUUCUCCAUGUUUGAGCAGACUCAAAUCCAGGAAUUCAAAGAGGCGUUUACACUCAUCGACCAAAACAGAGAUGGCUUCAUCGACAAGGAGGACCUUAAGGACACAUAUGCGUCUCUUGGUAAACUGAAUGUUAAAGACAAUGAACUGGAAGACAUGCUUAAGGAAGCCAGUGGCCCCAUCAACUUCACCAUGUUCCUUAAUCUGUUUGGAGAAAAACUGCAUGGCACUGACCCUGAAGACACUAUACUUAACGCCUUUAAGAUGUUGGAUCCUGAGGCAAAGGGCUACAUACACACAGCUGAAUUACAACACAUCCUAAUGACGCAAGCCAACAAGUUUAGUGCAGAGGAGGUACGUCAGAUGUUUCAUUCCUCGAACAUUGACUCAGCAGGCAACCUGGACUACAAAUCCCUUUGUUACAUAAUCACCCACGGCGAAGAACAGGAGGAAUGAGGAAACUGCUGGGGGAAAGCUGCAUAUCACUGUCGCUACUCUCGGCUCAUGGGGCUAAUAAAAGCGAGC